AUGGGAAACAUGCACUUCGUGGAGAUUGAGGGGCUCGUGGGGCGUGUGCCGGCACAAAAUAAACCUCAAGUUCGUUCUGCUCGACCUCGCGGCCCCGCCAUGCCCCCUCAUGUGAACCCUCAGUUUUGGAAUUUGGCCAUAGAAAGCAUACCAUCCACUUUCUUGCCCAUCUCACACCUCCCAUCUUGGGCAGAGAGCAAUGAAGGACCUGAGCUGCUCAGGAACAGAAUGAGAUACCAGCUUCCCCUCUCCUCACAGCAACAGAGCAGCCUGCAGCUGGGAAUCCCUCUGGUGGUAGGAACCUGCCAGGGGGCAAAUCAGAGAAUUGUGCUGCAUAUCUUUGAGUUUUCUUCACAAAGAAUAAACUGUUUUGUCCUUCCUGAGCAGGGGAAACAUGGCUUCAUUGAUAGUUUUGGUCUUUGCUGUAGUUUGUCUCUUCAUCCCUACUAUUUGUGGAAAUUGGAAUGUCAGCCUACAGUUGGAAUUGCUGCUCAGGUCACAGUUAUCAGAUGCCUUAUCAAAUGCAGUGGUCUUAUUGAAGUUGUUGGAGUUGCAUUGAUAAAAGGGGAACAGGAAAAGCCAGUUUUUGAACAUAUUAUAAAUAAGACACCAUCAGGAGACCCACGCUUUAGUUUAGUAAGCCCAGCAAAAGAUCCAUCUCUGCAAAUCUCUGACACUGUGUUUUCUGAUGAGGGUGAAUAUGAGUACUAUGUUGUAACAAACAUGGGUGAAAAAAGAGCAAGACUUAGCAUCAGUGUCGUAACCAAGUACAGAGAUCCCGUCACAAGUUCAUGGCCUGAAAAUGUUACAGACGGAGGACCUGUCAACCUUUACUGCAAUGCUACUGAUGGCUACCCAGCAGGCACCAUUCAUUGGUUUGACCAUUCUGGAACAAACUGGACCAUUAAUUAUAUAAUGACAAAAGCCAUCAAGGAAACCAAUGGUUCAAAAUCUGUGGCUUUAUUAAGCAAACUGUCUUUCAAGUUUAUUGACUCCAGUCUGGCACCAUUUAGAUAUGUCGUCUUCAAUAGCAAAUUUGUCAAGGAAGGAGAGAAGACAUUUCAGACAAUGCUCAAACGUAAUUAA